UUCAAGAUGGUGUAUAAUGUACAUAAUAUAUUUAUAAAAACAUUGUUUAUAUGGGCAACAUUUUAUCAUUUAGUGUAUGCGAAUUAUUUACAAAAUCAUAGUUAUGUGAAGUGUCCGAAUAUGUGCUUCUGUUUGGGGCGGAUUGUUGAUUGUUCACAACGUAAUUUGGAUGAUAUACCCAAUUAUUUACCUGAUUGGACCGAGCACUUGGAUUUAAGCACCAAUCAACUUGGCUAUGUAAACUCAACACCUUUACAACAAUUAACAAGUCUGACCCGAUUGGAAUUGAAUAAAAAUUCAUUAACAGCAUUACCAACAUUAGAAGGACUCCUUCAACUGCGACACUUAAGUGUAACUUUCAACGAAAUUACCAAAAUCAAUAAAGAUGCCUUGAAUGUAUUACCAGAACUUCAAAUUCUUGAUCUCACUGGAAAUCGUAUCACUUACAUUGAUUCAAACGCAUUUCCAGAACGUAAUAUUCUUUCAAUUCUGAUAUUAAACAAUAAUCGGAUAAGUGGGAUGGAUGUGAAAUGUUUUGAAAAUUUAACACAAUUAACGGAAUUAAAAUUAAACCGUAAUCGAAUUUCACAAUUACCCAAAUAUUUAUUCAAUUUUAAGAAACCAUCGAAGUUAAAACUUUUGGAAAUUAAUAAAAAUCAAUUGGAAGCGAUCGAUGGUUUAACAUUUAAUUCACUCGAACAUUUAACUGUGUUAAAAUUGAAACGGAAUCGAAUUUCAUAUUUAAUGGAUGGCGCAUUUUAUGGUCUUAACAAUAUUGGUGUUCUAGAAUUAGAUGGAAAUUCCAUUCCCAAAGUAUCCAAAAGAUGGUUGUUUGGAUUAAAACUACUAAAUACUCUGUCCCUAGGUGGUAAUUACAUUCAUACCAUUGAACAAGAUGCCUGGGACAGUUCACCACAUUUAAAGGAAUUGGAUUUAUCCAAUAAUCACUUGGAAGAAAUUGAUCGUAAUACAUUCAAAAAAUUAUUACAUUUGGAUCGAUUGAAUUUGAAUGGUAAUCAAAUAUCGGUCAUUGCAGACAGUGCCUUUAAUAAUACGCCUCGUCUUCAAUAUUUAGAUAUGAGCAACAAUAAGAUAUCUUCAACAAUAGAAGAUAUGCUAGGUGCCUUUGCUGGACUGAAAAGACUGUUACGUUUAUCGUUAACGUCCAAUGAAAUCAAAUCAAUAAAUCGACGUGCAUUUUUAGGUUUAGUGAACCUAACAAGUUUAGAUUUAAGUGGCAACAAUAUUAUUGGGAUCCAAGAAAAUGCGUUCGAUACGAUGCCCGUCCUUCAGAACCUUGUAAUGAAUACAAGCAGUUUAUUAUGCGAUUGUAACCUUCAAUGGUUCUCACAAUGGUUACGCAAAUCUAAAUUCUUAUCGAUUGAAGCUCUAUGCGCGUAUCCAGAACAUUUACAUGGGAAAUCUUUAAUACAGUUAUCUGAUGCCAACUUCACGUGUGGUGAUUCUCCUAAACCGUAUUUAAUCGAAGGUCCUGAAACGAAAAUGACUCUAAAAGGUGAAAACGUAUCGUUACGUUGUCGCGCCAAAUCAAGUUCACCCAGUGUGAUGACCUUCAAAUGGAAACGUGAUAAUGUUGAAAUCGAUGCUCAACCGCCUACAACGGGUGUCCAAACACAGACGGAUAACGGACGUUCAACGGAAGCUAUGUCCGAACUACAUUUAUACAACGUGACCCAUAACGAUGUUGGGAAAUAUCAGUGUAUUGUGGAAAAUGGAUUUGGUACAACAUAUUCGGCGAAAGCUCAUAUUACCGUUUCAAUAUAUCCAUCGUUUACGAAAAUACCCAAGAAUAUAUCGGUUUCGGCUGGUGAUACUGCGAAAUUAGAGUGUCGUGCUCAUGGACAACCAACUCCAAGUAUUGCGUGGCAGAAAGAUGGAGGGCAUGAUUUUCCAGCGGCGCGGGAACGUCGUAUGCAUGUUAUGCCCACGGACGAUGAAUUUUUUAUUAUAAAUGCUAAACAUGACGAUACUGGUAUUUAUACUUGUAUUGCAAAUAAUUCAGCGGGAAUUAUUGUGGCCAACGCAACCUUAACUGUUCUAGAACGACCGUCAUUUUCGAAACCAAUGGAGAAUAAAGAUGUAAUGGUUGGUGGUACAAUUGUUCUUCAAUGUAUGGCUGGUGGAAUGCCCCGUCCAACGGUUACAUGGAGUAAAGAUGGUGGACCGUUAGCAAAUACAGAACGACAUUUUUUCACAGCUGAAGAUCAAUUAUUGGUAAUUGUAAAUACACGCUUAACCGAUGCUGGCAAAUACGAAUGUAAAUUGAGCAAUGGUUUGGGAACGGUUCGAGGUUACACACAAUUAAUGGUUGUUCCAGCUCCAGUGACAGUGCUCCGUGAAGGUGACAUGAUGGGUGUAAUUAUAAUCACAGUAGUAUGCUGCGCCGUCGGUACUUCCAUUGUCUGGGUGGUGAUUAUCUACCAAACACGUAAACGAAUAUCGUUAAGUGCAUUAGCCGUCCAACAGUCCGCCCUAGAAGGUGGCAGUACUUUAGGACCCACAAUAACUACGACAGAACUAGGUGGCAGCAUAGUACCACCAACAGUUUUAUCCACACAUACAGUGACAUGUGUCUACACUGCUGACAACUUGUCAGAGCAUUCUUCCUGCAAAGACAGUGGAAUGGGUGACUCAGCAAAACGUAGCAGUGAUGAUUUUCUCCCUGUCGACGAUUACGUUGAACAUCAAAGUCCAGCGUUGUCGUACAACGACGACAGUGGUCAUCAUCACCAGACAACUGGUGUUUCAUCUGAAGAACCCUUAUUACAACAAAAAACACGUCCAACAAACCAUGAACGAUUAGAUACAAAUGUUGAUGAGAGUCAUCUACAGGGAGAGAGUCCAGUGGAUGACUAAAAACUUUUUAUUUUUAUGUAGAAUGUAUGUUAUGUAGAACCAAGUGCUUUUGGUUACGACUUUUUAUUUUUUAUGUUUGUUUAUAUGUGAUAUUUUUAUAAUA